ACGAACCGUUGAUUAGGGGCUAGCCCAGAUGAAUUAUCUACACCCGCACUCAGUGAACCAAACUUCCUCCCUCUCCUUCAUCAUCGUCAAUGGAUGAUGCUAAUAACAACAUAAGAGUCUAGGGUUUAUAAAGAGCCCUAAAAGUAACCAAAUGUAUUCGUUAAGCUUAAAACCCUGGGUGCUGCUGUCACAUUCUUCGAGGUCGUUGCUUAAAUUGUCCGGAAGUAACAAAUUAUUCUCAAAUUGUGUUGCAAUCCCCGUAAGAAAAGCUUAUAGGGGAGGCAAUUUAGUUUUGAAAGCUCAAUCACAACAAGAUAACAACAACAACAACAACAACGCUUCCAGUGAUUCUAACCCCCCUAAUGGGACCCUGCAAAAAAGCCGGAAGGAAAUUCUGUUGGAGUAUGUUAAAAAUGUACAGCCCGAAUUCAUGGAGAUGUUUGUAAAAAGAGCUCCACCACAGGUAGUUGAGGCUAUGCGUCAAACGGUAACGAAUAUGAUUGGAACACUUCCCCCACAAUUCUUUGCAGUUACAGUAACAACUGUUGCAGAAAAUCUUGCACAGCUCAUGUACAGUGUCUUAAUGACUGGGUAUAUGUUCAGGAAUGCACAGUACAGGCUUGAAUUGCAGCAAAGUUUAGAACAAGUUGCUCUUCCGGACACACAAGAGAAGAAGGAUUGGCCAGAUUAUGCACCAGGUACACAGAAAAAGGUUAGUGGUGAAGUCAUUAAAUGGAAUAAUGUUUCCGGUCCCGAGACAAUAGAUGCUGCGAAGUAUAUCGAGUUACUAGAAGCAGAAAUUGAGGAACUCAACCGACAAGUAGGAAGGAAGUCUGCCAAUGGACAGAAUGAAUUGUUGGAAUACCUCAAGUCAUUAGAGCCUCAGAAUCUGAAGGACUUGACAAGUACUGCUGGAGAAGAUGUUGUAUUGGCAAUGAAUACAUUUAUAAAGAGGCUCUUGGCUGUAUCUGAUCCUGACAAAAUGAAGACUAGUGUAACGGAGACAAGUGCACCAGAACUUGCCAAAUUGCUCUACUGGCUGAUGGUGGUAGGAUAUGGUAUUCGCAAUAUUGAAGUUCGUUUUGACAUGGAACGUGUACUUGGAACUCCACCAAAAUUUGCGGAGUUACCUCCUGGUGAGAAUAUUUAGCGCUUUCACAGAAACGGAGAUUUUGGCACCAUGGGGGCAUAUGACAAUUAGAAAGAAUCUACAAUGAGCACAAGAAAGAUAGCAUUGCUGUUUGUUAUUACUCAUCAAUAUUUUUUUAAAGGUGUACGCAGGGCUUGGAAGAAUAACUAGAUCAGUAGUAGAAAUCAUAUAGACCGGAGUGGGGGAUAUUUUUAUGCAGCCUAGUCUCCUUUUUGUAUGCUUAUAUGCACUAGCAUACUCUAGCAUGGACAAUUAAUUGCCAUAAACCAAAAUAACAUAAAUGUGUUUCCAGAUCCCAGUGUCUUGGUAUCAGUAUAUAAUAGCGGAGAAAUUUACUGUUUA